GAGCGGGGAGGAGGGGCCGCGCGCACAACCUGUGGAUCUCCAGGCGGCCGGCGGACCCACACUCGCCGGGACCGUAGGGGGGGCGCCCUUGGGGGGCCCGGAAGACGCGAAAGAGCGAGAAAACAAACUUGGAGAGAGGAGUGACCUGGGGGCCGGGGGCGGAGUCGCCAGCGGGGGAGGAGAGAGUGAGCUGCAGCGAGAGCGCGGCUGGCCCAGGAAGCGGAGAGCGCCGCCCACCCACCCGGGGCGAGAGAGGCGCCGCGGGCAGAGGCAGGCUGGGCCGGGGGCUGCCGGGCCCUCGACCCCCACCGUGACCCCGCAGCCCCCAGCCCGCCCCCAAGAUGAUGAAGAGGCAGCUGCAUCGCAUGCGGCAGCUGGCCCACACGGGCAGCUUGGGACGCACCCCGGAGACUGCCGAGUUCCUGGGGGAGGACCUGCAGCAGGUGGAGCAGCGACUGGAGCCGGCCAAGCGAGCAGCCCACAAUGUCCACAAACGGCUGCAGGCCUGUCUGCAGGGCCAGAGCGGGGCGGACAUGGACAAGCGGGUGAAGAAGCUUCCCCUCAUGGCUCUGUCCACCACGAUGGCCGAGAGCUUCAAGGAGCUGGACCCUGAUUCCAGCAUGGGGAAGGCCUUGGAGAUGAGCUGUGCCAUUCAGAACCAGCUUGCUCGCAUCCUGGCUGAGUUUGAGAUGACCCUGGAGCGGGACGUCCUGCAGCCGCUCAACAGGCUGAGUGAGGAGGAGCUGCCAGCCAUCCUCAAGCACAAGAAGAGCCUGCAGAAGCUGGUGUCUGACUGGAACACACUCAAGAGCAGGCUCAGUCAGGCAGCUAAGAACUCAGGCAGUGGCCAGGGCCUGGGCGGCGGCCCGGGCAGUUACACCACCACAGCCAACAAGGUGGAGAUGCUGAAGGAGGAGGAGGAGGAGCUGAAGAGGAAGGUGGAGCAGUGCAAGGACGAGUACUUAGCCGAUCUGUACCACUUUGCCACCAAGGAGGACACCUAUGCCAACCACUUUAUCCACCUCAUGGAGAUUCAGGCCGAUUACCAUCGCAAGUCUCUGAGCUCGCUGGACACGGCCCUGGCUGAGUUGAGGGAGAACCACAGCCAAACAGACCCCUCCCCCUCGAUGAUGGCCGCCCCCUUCUCCAGGGUGUAUGGGGUGCCUCUGGGAACCCACCUGCGAGAGCUGGGCCGAGACAUCGCCCUGCCCAUCGAGGCCUGCGUCAUGAUGCUGCUUUCUGAGGGCAUGAAGGAAGAGGGCCUCUUCCGUCUGGCCGCCGGGGCCUCGGUGCUGAAGCGCCUCAAGCAGACAAUGGCCUCGGACCCCUGCAGCCUGCAGGAGUUCUGCUCUGACCCCCACGCUGUGGCAGGUGCCCUCAAGUCCUACCUGCGGGAGCUGCCGGAGCCCCUGAUGACCUUUGACCUCUAUGAUGACUGGAUGAGGGCAGCCAGCCUGAAGGAGCCAGGAGCCCGGCUGGAGGCCCUCCAGGAGGUGUGCAGCCGCCUGCCCCGUGAGAACCUCAGCAACCUCAGGUACCUGAUGAAGUUCCUGGCACUGCUGGCCGAGGCGCAGGAGGUGAACAAGAUGACACCCAGCAACAUCGCCAUUGUCCUGGGGCCCAACCUGCUGUGGCCCCCUGAGAAAGAAGGGGACCUGGCCCAGCUGGACGCAGCCUCCGUCUCAUCCAUCCAGGUGGUGGGCAUGGUCGAGGCUCUGAUACAGAAUGCAGACACCCUCUUCCCUGGAGAUAUCAACUUCAACGUGUCAGGCCUGUUCUCAGCGCCUGCACCCCAGGACAAGGUCAGCGACAGGCCGGCUUCCGAGGAGCUUCCAUCGAUUGCCACACCCACCCCGGCCCCUGUACCAGCUCCGGCUCCGGCCCCUGCCCCAGCCUCAGUGGCUCUCAAGGAAAGGGCAGAGUCUGAGGCACCCCCCAGACCAGCCUCCCCCAAGGUCAGUAGGAGCUCCCUGGAGGCAGCGACCCCAACAGAGGACAUGGCUCGGAGGAACAGCCAGGGGAGACCAGGAAUCCGGGUGGCUAAGGGCCCAGGUUUGCUGCCGGACACUCUGGGUUCAGAUUCCAGCUCUGUGACCUUGGGCAGGUGACUUCACCUGUCUGUGCCUCAGCUUCCUCCUCUGUGUAAUGGGACAAUAACUGCACCUGCCUUGUAGGGCUGUUUGGAGAAUUAAAUGGUGCUGCCUGGCCCAUACCCAGCACACAGUAAAUGCUCGAUAAAGGUCAGCGAUUGAGUGUUGGGGGCGGUGGAGUUCAGUCCCUCAAGAAGACCAGGGAUCACAGAGUGAAGAGGGCGGAUGGGGUCUUCAAAAGACAGCGAAGGAGGGUGGUGGUGGUGGUGGUGGUGGUUUGGUAGCCUCCUUCUGAGCCCCUUUGGUGCGUUCACCUGUUCAGGUGGCCUAAAGCCAGGCAGGUGAGGAGGCCGAGGGUUCAGGUGCAGAGUCUGCCAGGGUAACUAGGACGCUUGGGACACCCAGCCCAGGAGGCUCUAGAGUUUUCCACCUGGAUGGGAGUAGGUGGAGCAGCGUCAGGAGCCUCUGGACCAGCAGGAGCUGGCAGGUCGCACAGGGACCUUCUUACAGGAGGGGGCUUCUAGCCACCUUUCCUGGAUGGGGUGCACGCAGGAUGUUUGCUCACUGGAGCACAAGUCAAAGGACGGUCACAGCAUCACCUGCACUGGUCCUCACGUCAGCCCUGGGAGGUCAAGGCUGUCAUCUUAUCUCACCGAUGAAGAAACUGAGGCUCCCGGGGGCAAGUGAUUUGCCCAGGCCCUCCAGUGGGUGGAGACAGAGCUAGGACCAGGGGCCAGAUGUCCUGCCCCACCUAGCCCCUCGGCUGCCUUGUGAGGUUGGACUGUGCAGGGGCAUCUGAGCGCUGGGGUGGGGCAGUUCUGGUGGGCUUCUGAGAGGAAGUGAGGCGGACCCAGGUGGCAGGUGGAACAGGCAGCAGUUCUUUAUUCAGAAGCUCUGUACUGAACACGCACACUGCGCUAGCCAGCUGGACAUCAGCUGGCCUCACUCAGUUUACAUUCUAGUCAGGGAGACAAGCAAUAAUCGAGCAGAAUUAAAACUGACGAGAUCAUUUCAGAGGGCAAGGAGUCCCGUGAAGAAAAUACGACUGGAAAAUAUGCCAGUGACUGGGGCAGGGCGGGGGAGGGGCCCUCUAGCUGAGGACAGACGUGGACCGAGGCCCGAAUGGUGAGCAGCCAGCGUGGAAACUGUUCCCGGCAGAGCGAACGGCAGAUACAGCCGAUUCGAAGAUCCCAAGGUGGCGUCGAGCUUGGGGAUUUGCCGCAGGCAGUGUGAACGCCUAACCACCCCUCUCCUUCCUCCACAGCCAAGCGCC